AUGGCAAUGGUAGUUGGCGCUUGGCGAGAUCCGCAGGACGAUGUGGCCGGCCCGCAAGGAACGCAGCCCUCCCAAGCCCCUCCCGUGCCGGGACCCCCGACGGGAGCCCCCCACACCCCGCAGACUCCGGGCCAGGGGGGGCCUCCCAGCACUCCAGCCCAGCCCAACCCGGGCAGCCAGCAGAGCCAAGGCGACAAGCAGCAGCAGCAGCAGCACAUCGAGUGCGUGGUUUGUGGGGACAAAUCCAGCGGGAAACACUACGGGCAGUUCACGUGUGAAGGGUGCAAGAGUUUCUUCAAGCGCAGCGUCCGGAGGAACCUCAGCUACACGUGCCGUGCCAACCGGAACUGUCCCAUUGACCAACACCACCGCAACCAGUGCCAAUACUGUCGGCUCAAGAAAUGCCUCAAAGUUGGCAUGAGACGGGAAGCCGUCCAGAGGGGUCGGAUGCCACCCACACAGCCGACCCACGGCCAAUUCGCCUUAACCAGGGACCCCCUGAACUGCCAUUCGUACCUCUGAUAUAUCUCCCUGUUGCUGCGGGCAGAGCCUUACCCGACCUCCCGCUUCGGCAGCCAGUGCAUGCAACCCAACAACAUCAUGGGCAUCGAGAACAUUUGCGAGCUGGCCGCCCGGAUGCUCUUCAGCGCCGUCGAGUGGGCCCGGAAUAUCCCCUUUUUCCCCGAUCUGCAGAUCACCGACCAGGUGGCCUUGCUCAGACUCACCUGGAGCGAGUUGUUUGUCCUCAACGCGGCCCAGUGCUCCAUGCCCCUCCACGUUGCCCCCCUCUUGGCAGCCGCCGGCCUCCACGCCUCGCCCAUGUCCGCCGACCGAGUGGUGGCCUUUAUGGACCACAUACGGAUCUUCCAAGAGCAGGUCGAGAAACUCAAGGCCUUACACGUGGAUUCGGCGGAGUACAGCUGCUUGAAAGCGAUCGUCCUCUUCACCUCAGAUGCGUGUGGUCUCUCUGACGUAGCCCACGUCGAAAGUUUACAAGAGAAAUCGCAGUGUGCGUUGGAAGAAUACGUUAGAAGUCAGUACCCAAACCAACCCACGCGCUUUGGAAAACUUUUACUACGCCUCCCGUCUCUUCGCACCGUCUCUUCCUCAGUCAUAGAGCAGUUAUUUUUCGUCCGUUUGGUAGGUAAAACCCCAAUAGAAACCCUUAUCAGGGAUAUGUUACUGUCUGGAAGCAGUUUUAACUGGCCUUAUAUGGCCAUCCAAUAAGAAUAUUAUAUAUAUAUAUAUAUAUAUAAAUAUAUUGGUGGAGAGAGGGGAAAAAACACAAAUCAGAAAUUGGAGGAAAAAAGUAGGAAUGAAUUCAGAGGAUUUUGCAAUGACUUUUGGGGUCUGGCGGUUGUCUAGACGUCUUUCAGCUAAGCAAGGAUGUUUCACUAAAAGAAGAGAAUGAUUUGAAUGGACUGUGAAUUUUAAAAAAAGGACUUGCGAAAUGAACUUUUUACAGAACGCAUUAAAAAAAACUCCCGUGUUGUUCAAAAGUUGCUUACCUAUCUCGCUUUCUCUCUCUUUUUUUUUCUUUUUGGGUUGUUGAAAAAAAGGAAAAAAAGAAAAGAGUUUAUUUUUCUUUUUUUGUUUGGGGGAGCUGUAAAACUUUGAAACACAAUCUCUCGCUAAAAGUGCAUUUAAAGGAAAUCUGGAGAAAAUUAACAGAAUGGAAUGAAGUCUCCCCCCCUCCCCCUCAAAUUAUUAAUAGUCAUAUGUUGUCUGUGUACCUAUAGCUUUUUUUCCUGGUUUCAAACCAGUUUAUUCUGUGGUUCUAUAAUAAUUUUGAUAUAAUCUUGGCUUCUUUUUUUUAAAAAAAAAUGUGUAUCCUUAAAAAAAAUAUAUGUUCUGAAAGAAUUAAAACUGUCUUGGAAAAGUUUAUGGGAAGAAAGUAACGACACAAAAUUAAAAUACAAUUGCCCAUCACCAGUAGGGAAAAAAUGGAAGCGCACUUAAAACUGGUCGGCUACCAUUUAGCUUCAAGCGACCACAGCUAUUAUUAAAGAGACCCGAAAGAGCCACAAUUACCCCCACCACCACCCCCACACACCUUCAACUAGUUUUUUUAUAUAUAUAUUUUAAAGACAAAAAGUGGAUUUGGUGAAAGAAUAGGAAUUACUUGGAGGGAGACGGAAUUGUGUCUAAGACACAACACAGUUUCGAUGCAAACACACACAACCACACACACAAGAGAAUCGUCACGAAGUGAACUUUUUUGUAAUUUGAAUGAAAUUGGGUUCGACUUAGUUGUUCUGAAUUGUUACCGAGUUCCUCUAUCUGUUUGUAUAUUUGCAAGCCCUUUGUAUGAUAAUACCUGUUGAUAUUUUCCCUUUUUUUAAAGAAAAAAAGAAAAAAACCAUCGAAUUCAGCAUGACAAAAAAAACCUACACCUACUGUUGGCACUUAUAGAUAACGUGUUUGAUUCAGUAUCUUAGAGUUUACAGUUUUUGUGUUUUAAAGAAAAAAAAACUGAAGGGUUUUUUUUUUAUUUUAAGUGCAACAUUUCUGUAUACUGUAAAAGUUAUAAUAACUGAAAACUGUUUGGUCCAGUCUUUGUGUGUUAUAUUCCAAGGAAAAAAAUUGAAAGUAUUCAGAAAUUAAAAUAUUAUUUGAUAUCUGAAAACUUGUAUGGCUCUCCUAAAUGUCUGGAGGGGAGGGCGGGGGAGAAGCCCACCAGUCUUCUCUUAAAGAGUUUUUGGUCCUUAAUUAAAUAGAUGCCCGAUGGGCAGAGUGACUUGGCAGCAGAGAUGGGGCCAGGUCUUAACCUCACCCCCGCGCUUGAGGAGGCGGACAGGUUCCUGGUGGGAAGGGAAGGUGCUCGACUUCGGUUCAUGGCCCAGCUGGUGACUUUAAGAGAUUGCCAGCCCGAUUCUCUAAGUAAGCUGACUCGGAAGUAAAACGUUUCGGAGUACUGAGUGUACAAACAGUAGGACUGCAACCUGAGAUGACAACUCCCCCACCCCCCCAAAACCUCUUACUAUCUUGUUAAAUUCGUAUAAAUUGGCGUCGAGGAGAGGAGAGAAGAUGGCCUGUUAUUUUUUUUUCCCUUCUGUCACACUUAAGUGCCUACCUAAAAGCACUAGAUGGGAGAGAGGGGAAGAUAACAAUAGGUUAGGAUCAAUAUGGUGUGUGUGUUUCAGAAUGGGUGCCUGCGUAUUCAGAAUAUAUAUGCAUAUAUCUCACAUGGUAAUCUGUUUUCCAGCGAAGUGGCAUUAUUGAAAACGGUGGGUCGGAUUUGGGGUUAGGAGUCUUCUUCCAAUAUGGAUGACAUGGAGAAUAGCUUUGAAAUUGCUCGCUAUUGAUUGUUAUGGCGAUGGUUACAGUCAGCUCUUCUUCCUUUGGAAGUAGGUUUUGUUGGAGUUGUUAUAGGUUCUGGCUGGAAAUUCUGAUAUGGGUUUUGGAUCCCAUGACAGAAGGUAUGUGUGUGUGAGAGAGAGAAAGAAUAUCAAU